GCCACUGGUGGCCUUGGGACCCACCGGUGUCACCGCCUGCCCCACAGAAGCAGGGAUCUGCUGGUGCUACCACCUGCCCCACAGGCUCCAGACACCCACCCCACGGCCACCCGGGACCCACAGCCCCAGGACUGCUGCGAGGGUGUCUCAGCAGAACCAUGCUGAUCCUGACGUGCCCGGCCCAGCUGCAGCGCCUGGAGGAGGCCCUGAGGAGGAGCCUGCCCCUUGCCCUGCCGGUCCUCGGGGCCGUGAUGAACAUAAACCGGGGGAACCCAGGGGAGUUCGAGGUCGUGGUGGACUCGUGGCCCCACUUUGGCGCUGUGCUGGCACGGCCCAGCAGAGAGAUGCCGGUGGAUGAUUUCUACACAAACAGGAAUGCGGCUUUCUACCGGGACGUGGGCGCCUACCGGGCACUGCUAGAGACCCCCGGCUGCCUGCGCUGGGACACCGCCUUCCACAUCUUUGGGCUGCAGGAGGGGGUGGCCACGGUGUCACAGGCCAUUGCGGGGGUCAAGGGCAUCGAGCUGGAGGUCUCCGAGUACUACACCUACUUGCACCCCAACCCCAGCACCCUGCCUGAGCCCCGGCUGGACCCCGACGUGCGGGUGGGCUCGCUGAGCCCAGCGCACGUAGAUCUACUGAACGAGACAUGGGCGUACGGCGGCAACAAUCGCAGCCGGCGGUACUUGGCGGAGCUGCUGGGUCGUUUCCCCAACGUCUGCCUGCAGGACAGGGCUGGGCAGCCUCUCUGCUGGGUCCUGACCGAUGCCUUCGGGACGGGGACCCACAGCUACACCCUGCCGGCUCACCGCCGGCACGGCCACAUGCGAGCGGUGCUGGCCCUCGCCGCUCGCCGGGCGCAGGCCCGUGGUUUUCCCACCUUCGGGCACACGGCCACGGGGAACCGGCCCAUGCAGCGGUUGCAGGAAGAGCUGGGACACCGGCAAGUGCCGGAGCUCUGCCGCUUCGUCCUGCACAACCCCGGCCUGGGCAGGGACUGACCCUGACCCCCUCGGCCCCCCGCCCCGGCGCGGGGAAGUCCCUGUGCUGUUGGGGCCACAAAGAUAAAAUAAAAUGAAACCAAAGAGGAGUGUGGACUCUCUGA